AUGUACUGUGAGGGUGGUAAGUACAUGAGCUUCUUGUCUCGAUGUCUCGCGCAGCAAUUCAUCGACAGCAAGUGUUUUGCUAUCACAACACGAAUAAUUUGUGUGGACUUGACCUUGGCUCCAACUUGCAAAGCUGGUUUACGCUGGGAGGAUGCAAAACCCAAGGCGGUCUUUUCCUUCUAUGCGAGGCACAGGAGCAGCGCAAUUAAUUAUGUAGGAUCUCAAGCUGUAGGAUGUCGGGAGCAAAUGGAGUAAUUAUCGCCCAUAAAGGAUGGGAUUGUAUUUUCUUGAUUAUUUGUAAGAUAUGUUCUAAAAAUCGUUCUAUCUUUUAGGGAAUGGUCUGUUGUUGAUCCUAAGGAGAAUCCAAUGCUGCUUGCAGAACCUUCAAUCUAACCCCAACACAGAGAGAAAGCGAUCCUGACUGCAGAGCUUAUGUUUUGAAAAAUACGUGUUCCAGCCAUUAUUUUGGCUAAGAACGCUGUAUGGAAACGGUUUCUCACAUCCUUUGCAUCAAGGAGUCCUCCUUCACUAGUUGUUGAUAGUGGUGGAGGAUCAACAACAGUUGCUCCAGUACAUGAGGGUUAUGUUCUUCAAAAGGCAGUGGCUUCUUCUCCUAUAGGAGGAGAUUUUCUUACUGAUUGCUUGAUGAAAAGCUUGGAGAGCAAAGGUAUCACAAUAAAACCCAGGUACUCAUUCAAGAGAAAGGAAAUCCGUCCAGGGGAGUUUCAGAUAGUAGAUCUUGAUUUUCCAAAUACAACUGAAAGCUACAAACUUUACUCUCAGAGAGUAAUUGCUAGUGAUAUCAAGGAAUGUGUGUGUCGAGCUCCAGAUACAUUAUAUGAUGAAAGUUCAUACUCUAAUAUUCCAAUGACUCCGUAUGAGCUUCCUGAUGGCCAGACAAUUGAAAUUGGAGCUGAUAGAUUCAAGAUUCCGGAUAUUCUAUUCAAUCCAUCCUUGGCUCAGACAAUUCCUGGUAUGGAGAGCUUUGCAGAGAUUGCUCCUAACGUUCGUGGUUUGCCACAAAUGGUCAUAGAAAGCAUUAAUAAGUGCGAUGUGGAUAUUCGGAGAGAAUUGUUCAGCAGUAUAUUGCUUGCUGGCGGCACAGCAUCAAUGCAACAGUUGAAGGAACGACUUGAGAAAGAUUUGCUUGAGGAGUCUCCUCAAGCUGCUCGAGUUAAAGUGCUGGCCAGUGGAAAUGCAACUGAAAGAAGAUUCAGUGUAUGGAUAGGUGGGAGCAUAUUGGCAUCUCUUGGUUCAUUCCAGCAGAUGUGGUUCUCCAAGUCUGAGUAUGAAGAGCAUGGAGCUUCUUAUGUACAAAGAAAAUGCCCUUGAUACCUUCUUUUUGAAGGAAGAUGGGGGACAAGAGGCUGUAAGUGAUUAUAAUGGUGGAUAAGUUAUGUUCAGGGAAGAUGUCAGAUGAAAUUGCCCUGUAUCUAACUCCCGUUUUGCCUUCUUAGGGUAUCAAAAGUAAUAUGUACCAUAACACUGACUGUUGUGUCAUACUUAACAGCUUUCUAAUCUGAUUUCUGGUAAUUAGACCUAUCAGAGACAUUAACUUGUUUUGCAAUCGACUUUUUUGAGCUUGACAUUGUAGAGUAGGUUGAUGCCUCCAUAUUUGAUUGUACGAAAGACAGGAUAUUAUAUGGUACGUAUAUGUUGUAGAAUCGCAGGCAUAUAUUUGUGGAAAGGUAUUUCAAUGUUUGAUUUUUA